UUUUUUAAUGUUUUUGGUCGGACCAUAAGACAAAAAUCGAAUGCACAGUGGUCCAGGUUUCCACUUCCAUUUCUUGUCUGUAAUUACCUGUAAGCAACCCCGGGGAAGAAAGACAAAACGCACAACACGCUACAGAACAAACCCAAACAAUCCACAUCAGAUUGUCAGAAAAUCGCGUUUCCUUAACGCCCUUCUUUAUUCGCCCGUUUCCACGCCUGCCCUCCAUCAAAUCCGAUGCUGGGGGCGAAGAAAAUCUCGUCUCUCACCGGUAAAGUUCCCUUCUUUUCUUCCAAUCAUCGCCUUCUGAAUAUGGGUUUUGAUCCUUGCGUCAAUUCCUCCGGUGGGUCUCCCUCUGAUUUCCUUGUUUUUGUUUUUGAAGAUGAAGGUGAAGAGGAAGAAGAUAUGGUAUUCAUCUGUUUGUUUCUGGCGUGCGUAUAGUUUAAGGAAUCACUGGAAUUUUAAGGAUUGAUUAAUCUGUUGAUUGAACAAAUAUAAAUAGUAAAUAUGAGAGAAAAGAGGGAUAUUAGGCCUGUGCUGCUAAAAUUUGGGGUAGCUGUGGCUCUGUCUCUUGGUGGAAUUCUUUAUACCAUUUUGAGAAACAAAAGAAUCAAGCCACCCAAACGCCCUCCCUCAAAAGGUGGUGAACAUGUGGAUCCCUCUUUGCAGGCUACGCCCCGCUGUCGUCUCGAUCAAUCCUCACAAACUACUCCCCGUGCUCGCCCUGAUCAGAAUACACCCCGGGCUCGUAGUUCUAGUUCUAUGGCAAUUGAGUCACAACCCUUGCAGAAUACACCCCGUGCUCGUAUUUCUGGUUCCAUGGCACCAGAGAUGCAAUCCUCGCAGACUACACCCCGGGGUCGUGCUUCUGCCUCUAUGGCACCGGAGAUACAAAUCUUGCAUAGUACACCCCGGGCUCGUGCUUCUAGUUCUAUGGCACCGGAGAAACAAGAAGAUCAAUCUGUAAGUGAAGGUGUUGUGGAUGUAUGUUGUCCAUCAACUAGCGGUAGAUCUGAAGGAAAGGAUGAUGGGCUCCUCUUGCCGGAGUUCAAUGAUCUUGUGAGGGAGUUUACUUUAGCUACAUCGAAACCUGGUUUUUCUCCGGGGAAAGAUGUUGAAAGGAGUGAACGCGAGAAAGAAAUCAGGAGCUUAAAAGACAACAUUAAAUCUCUCAAGGAAAGGGAGAGGAACCUCGAGAUCAAACUGCUCGAGUAUUAUGGACUUAAGGAGCAAGAAACUGUUGUGAUGGAGCUUCAAAACCGAAUAAAAAUCAACAGCAUGGAGGCCAAGCUCUUCAGUCUCAAGAUCGAGUCUUUGAAGUCGGAUAAAAAGAGACUCGAGGCCCAAGUUGCUGAUUAUGCAAAGGUUGUGACAGAACUCGAAGCAGCGAAGAUAAAGAUAAAACAGCUCAAGAAGAAACUAAGGUCUGAAGCUGAGCAUAGCAAGGGGCAGAUUUGUGCCCUUCAAGAAAGAGUUAUGAAGAUGCACGACGAGGAAAAGAAGGCUCUCGGAACACUGCACCAUCACGAAAAAAAGGGUAGUAUUGGAACGGAGCUCCUAAAAACGGAGGACUUUCAGAUGGAAGCCGAAGAGCUAAGGAAUUCUAACAACACUUUGAGGAUCGAGAAUUCUGAACUGGCUCAGAGGUUAGAAUAUGUUCAGAUCCUUGCGAAUUCUGUUCUGGACGAUGAAGAGACAGAAGCAUUGAAGGCAGAAUCUGACCGUUUAAGGAAACAAAACGAAGAUAUGGCAAAGGAAAUCGAGCAGCUCCAAGCAGACAGAUGUAGUGACGCUGAAGAGCUCGUUUAUCUGCGGUGGGUAAACGCGUGCCUGCGCUACGAGCUGAGAAACUACCAGCCCGAUCCUGGUAAAACGAUCGCAAGGGAUCUUAGCAAGACGCUAAGCCCCAAGUCGGAGGAGAAAGCGAAGCAACUGAUUCUGGAAUAUGCACAUAGACAAGGCUCUGCUGAAAAGAUGACUAACAGGAGUAACAGCAACGACUUCGAUUCUGACUGGUCAUCCUCCCAAGCUUCUUCGUACCAAACCGACUCGGGCGAACUCGAUGACACAUCUCUCGACAACACCUCUUCAUCUGCAACCCAGAAAGCAGCAGCUAACACAUCACGCAAAAGAAAAGUCUUCAGCAAGCUCAUGAGGCUGAUUCGGGGAAAGGAAAAGGACAAUUCUCGCAGACUAUCCCAGGACAAAGCUCCAUCUGCAGAAGAUACCUCAAGAAAAUACCAUUCCCAAGCCCAUGGCCAUUCUCCAGCUAGUACUUCCAAUUCGGGCAUUUCACCAGUCAUCGAUGUUGCCCCUGACAACUUCAACACCAAAUCAAGAACAUCAUCUCAGGGCUCAUCCCGACACUCUUUCCACGGGACACAGUCAAGCAGCUAUCAAGAAGGGGUCAUCAGAAAGGGCGAUGAUGUCUCCCCGGGUGGUGGUAUGCGCAGAACCGAUUCCACCCCAGCAUCCCUCAACAAUUCACCUCAAAAAUGUUUCAAAUCUGAUAUACUGAAAUAUGCAGAGGCAUUGAAGGAAACUCGAGCUCUACCUUCAUUCCGCAGGAGGUCAGCAUCAUUUGGCUCCUUAGCUCUACCCUAGUUUAAGGUUGCUCUAUUCUGAGCUCUGCAGACCACACAUUCAGAAGUGCAUUGUACAGGACUAUAUAUAGAAACUUGCAUAUAUAAACCUUUUGGAUGUCAAAGAAAUGAAUAUGUAAAUAAAAUGCGGUUGAGCAUGA